GUGUGUCCGGCGGCUGAAGCGCUCGCGAACGCGCCACCGACCGGGGCCCGUCGCGCGCUUCGCACCAUGUCGAUCCGCGACAAGGAGAAGGUGGACCAGAUGCCCUGGGCGAAGGAGCGCAUCGCCGAGGCGCAGGCGGCGCUCGACGCGACGGGCAACCUCGAGGACCCCGCGGUCAUCGAGGCGCUCCUCAACGUGGAGAAGAAGUGCCGCCUGUCGAACGACAGCAUCGCGACGAAGCUCGUCGCGGCGACGAUCCUCCAGAUGUGCCGCGCGAAGCGGGCCUGGGCGACGCACAUCGCGCACUGCACGCUCCUCGCGAAGCGGCGGUCCCAGUCCAAGGCGGCCAUCGGCGGCAUCGUCGCCGAGGGCCUGGCCGUGCUCGAGGCCGAGCCCGCGGAGAUGACGGACCUCGCGGACCGCGAGGCGCUGCUCAAGGCGCUCUGCGAGAUCACGGACGGCAAGAUGUACUGCGAGGGCGAGCGGGCGAAGCUGACGCGCAUGCUAAGCGCGCUGAAGGAGGCCGCGGGCGCCGUCGGCGAGGCGGCCGACAUCCUCCAGGGCGUGAACGUCGAGACGUACGGGUCCCUGUCGAAGCGGGAGAAGGUGGACUACAUCCUCGACCAGGUGCGCCUCAUGCUGGCCAAGGGCGACCGCGUGCGCGCCUACAUCCUGUCCAAGAAGGUCCAGCGGAAGACGCUCCUCGAGGACGAUUUGCAGGACCUCAAGGUCCGCUUCUACAAGCUCAUGGUCGAGUACCACGUCCUCGAGGACGAGCCCUUCGAGCUCGCCCAGGACUUCUUCGCCAUCUUCUCCACGAAGUGCGUGCUCGACGACGAGGCCGCGUGGCGCGACGCGCUGUCGUCGACGGCCAUCUUCCUCGCGCUGAGCGACCACGCGCCGGGCGUGUCCGACAUGAUGCACCGCGUGCUCGCCGACGCCGCCGCCGCGCCGAAGCUCGACGCGCUGCCGACGUCCAAGGCGCUGCUCGCGCUCUUCACGACGGACGAGAUCAUCGCCUACCCGAUGCCGGACCACCAGGCCGCCGUCGAGGACCACCCGUGCCUGAAGACGGCGGGCGACGACGUCCACCUGCGCUGGAAGAAGACCCUCCACACGCGCGUCGUCCAGCACAACGUCCGCGUCGUCGCCAAGUACUACCGCCAGAUCUCCGUCGCGCGCCUCGCGAACCUCCUCGGCCUCUCCGAGGACGAGGCCGAGCGCCACGUGUCCCACAUGGUGUCGUCCAACGGCCUCUACUGCAAGAUCGACCGCCCGGCGGGCAUCGCCCAGUUCCACAAGCCCAAGCCCCCGGACGAGGUCCUCCAGGACUGGGCCGGCGACAUCUCCAAGAUGCUCAACCUCGUCGAGAUGACGUGCCACCUCAUCAACAAGGAGUCCAUGCUCCACAAGGACGUCCUCGGCCUCUAGGGGCGGGGGGCAGGGGAGUCUAAAGGGCGCUUUGGUCGC